AACUACCUGGUGUUUAUGGCUGAGCUUUUCUGGUGGUUUGAAGUGGUAAAACCCUCAUUUGUACAGCCCAGAGUCUUCGAUCCAAACGCCUGUGAGCCUGUGUCCUCCUGUAGAAAUAUGGCUCCUGUGUCCAGUCCUGUCAAACAGAGCUAUGCAGACAGACCUGACAGCCCAGAGAACAUCCCUUCACAGGGUAUAAUGAAGAGGUCUACCUCCAUGUCCUACGUGGAUGGCUGUGUUGGGACAUGGCCCAAAGAACAUCGCUCCUCCUCUCGGGGAAUCUCCUUUGAGAUUCCUCUGGACGGAGAACCCACUCUGCCGUCCGGCGGCAUGACCCGCUCUGCCAGCAGUGACGGCCUGGGGUUCAAAGUUCACUAUGCAUCUCGAGGGAGCAUGAAACGCCACCUCUCCCUCAUGCCUGUUGAUGUAAAUGGACAGAGCAGACACAUACCAGAGGAGGAUGAUGAGUUCACUUCCCAGAAAUCCCUGGAGCGGAGCAAUACGUUCUCCAUCAAGAACCAAAGCAGGUGCUCCAAUGGAGUCCUCCCUGAAAGCAACCAUAGCCACAACGAUCACCAUGGCAACCACAGUGGCCACAUCAGCCCAUCCUCCCCCCCGAGCAUCGAGGAGGCGCUGAAGAUUAUCCACGACACGGAGAGGCCUCACGCCUGCCUCGGGUCGGGGGACGGAGACGAUGGCUUCUUCCUCCAUGGUGCGGAGCCGUCAGACCCUCCGGGGGCUCACGGUCCAGGAGACGACCUGGGACCAGCUAAGGCUCGGCCAAACGACCACGACCCCAACUCCCUGUCCACCGAUGAAGUGGACACGGGCAUCCACGUGAGGACAGAGGACAUCCAGAGCUUGGAUGAGGACUCCUCCUCUCUGAGAGACUACUCAGAUAUUGACCAAGACUGUGAGGCCAUGACCCGGUCCUGUCCGCUGCCUGACCAGCCGGAGAGGGAGAGGGAGAGGAGCCGGCCCGGAGGAGGGGAGGGGGUCGGUCAGGCUAACCCCGAGGGUGGGAGGGGGGACGGUGGGGACAGCCCCUGUCCCAGUACAACACCCACCAUCCACAGAUCCCACACACUGAGCCCCGCCUCGUCCUGCGGAGGCUCUGGGGCCAUGGUCCGUAUGACGAGCUUUGCAGAGCAGAAGUUCAGGAAGCUGGAGGGAAGGAGCAGCGGAGGAACAACCCCAGAGAGUUCAGACCUCAACGUGCCGUACACACACCCGCCAAAAAGCCUUUCUGCUCCGAUAUCUACACCUCCUUUGCCAAUCACAUCUCCCUCUCCAGCAACGCCUUCCCCCAGAGACCCCUCCCACCUGAUAGCCACAGAGAUGAUUCAGCUGAGGAUGAAGCUGGAGGAGAAACGUAGAGCCAUUGAAGCCCAGAAGCAGAAGGUGGAAGCAGCGUUCACCCGCCAUCGCCAGAAGAUGGGCAGAACAGCCUUUUUGAAUGUAGUAAGAAGAAAAGGGAUCACUGCCCCCCUCAGCUCAGCGGCAGCAGAAGCCCCUUCCUCAGAGCCACUAUCAGCCUCAAAGGAAACCAGGCAGGGCAGCAUGGAGGGGGCGGAGAGAUGCAAGCCAGAUGGAGCAGCGCCUAGAUCCCCCUGUGAGGAUGGAGCAGGAAUGUCUCCAGGAGAAAUCGACCUUACGGAAUACACGCGCUCCAUCGAUAGGCUGAACACGUCGCUGGGCUUCCUGCAGACAGAGAUGCAGCGCCUGGCCCAGCAGCAGGAGAGGAUCAUGUCCAUGAGAGAGCAACAGCAGCAAUCCUGGGUCAUCCCUCCUCCUGCUCCAUCUCCACACAGGCAGCUCCGUGAGUUGCGCAGCAGCAGUGUUACAGGCCGGGGGUCAGGUCGAGGCUCGGUUGGGUCUUUGUCCCCCAUCCUCUCUUCUUCAGGCUCUCCCCACGCUCCCAACCGUUCCCCUGCUGGCCUAAAGCGGCGGCCGGCCUCCUUCCACGCCAGGACAACUCGGACUCCACGGCCAAACGAUCUGAAGGUCACGCCCUUCAGUCGAAUGCUCAACACCCAGACCUCAGUGGACAGCCUACCCAGACUGAGGCGCUUCAACCCCAGCCAGAACCAGAACAGCUCGUUUGCUUACCUGGGCCACGAUGAGGGGCCUCCUAAAAAUAGGGACCAAGAGGCCAGGGACAACAACGAAAGCACUAAGGACAAAGAAGAGGAUGUGGAAAGGAAGAGUGCUGGCACUCCUCAAGCUACUAAUAUUGAAGCAGCCAAAGAGAGGGGAAAUGAGGGGGAAAGAAAGACUCUUUUUAAGCCAUAUGGCUCCUCAGAGGUGGUGAAGGAGCCUCCAUCUGACCUGAGACAAGCAGGAAGACCUCCCCUCGGUCAGGAGAUGGCGGGAGAGGGUGAAGGAGAGGGAGAGGCAGGAGCAGGAGCAGACAUGUAUGGAGAAGACCAAAAGAUAUGCUGUGGAUUCUUCUUCAAGGUUGUUGUGAAGGGGAAAAGAGAGAUGGCAGCAGCGUGGCCGGUCACACUAUCUGCAGGAAGACAAGGUUAUAGACUUGUGUGUUUUCCCAUGAGAGAGCAGUCUGCUUUAGUAUGAAAAGAAAAUAACAUAUUGCAAUCUGGGAGGAGCAGACCGGUCUUUUAUCAUGGCAUUCAUGCACACACACACACACACACUGGCAGAAAAGCAGACAGUGUCUCUUGAAGCUCAAACACAGAUAAUGGGACAUCCUCAGAGAGGUGAGAACAAUCUGCAUUAGAACAUUGCUUAUAUCCUGGCCCAUCUGAAGUAACCCCAGGGAGGAUAUUAGAAUAAAUAAACUUAAAACUAGAACAUUAUUUUCAUGUGCUAUAAUCUUUUUUUGUUUGCCCUUGACUUUCCUCUCUUUGUCUCUCGCUCAUUCUUGCUGGCAGAGUUAACACAGAGUUAACUGCUCGGUGUAUAAUUAGACAAACAAAAAAGAGAAGGAUGAAACAUCUAAAGGAGAAGAGACUCCAAAUGAUUACACAUUCACUCCGCUUCCUUCCCCCUUGCUGCACACAUAACCACCAAUUAGAGGAGAGGAGAGGAGGAUGAGGACAAGCAAGCCGCCAGAAGUCUAUUUGUGUCUAUCUCUCUUCUUCAUUUCCUCUCUUCCCCUGAACACUAUCCAGCACCGGGGAGGGAGGAAGAGAGGAUAAAAUAGAAGUGAAAAACAAGAAGUAUAUAAAUAAAGAAAUCAGUGUUUCACAUCCGGUCGGCUGAUUGGCUGAGACGCGAGUCGGGCAAAUCUGGGCCACAGUUGCACUCAUUGUUCAGUGAGCUUUCUACACAGUCCAACCCAGCGACAGCAAUGAAUGUUGAUUGUGACCUUUGGUCUUUGCGUACAGUGGAAACAGAGUGUCACUUUUGUCUAUGCAUGUGUGAGUGGUUUCGUGUCUAGAUUUUACAUGCGCCCACUUUGCCCUUUUGUUCAUUUCAUUCCAGGCGU